UUUAUUUUUUAUUUAUUUUUGUCUUUUAAGUCUUUUCCGUAGACUUUUAAUUUUAUUUCAUUAUGAAUUUUGUAUUCCAAGAAAUCUGUUGUUUCAUCAAAAAGCCUCAAAGGAGGAACUGCCAUGGAAACCUUCCUUGGUGUGCUCUUCAAUACUUGUACGACUUGACCAUGGAAAAUGACUAAAGCAGCAGGUCCCUCGCUGAACUUGUCGUCUAUUUCUUCUAAGCCAAUUUCUCAUUAAUUAGCCAUUCCAAAUCCAUAUCCCGAUCGGAUGUAGAAAAAUUGAACAUUGUGGAUCUGAUGAGAAAUUUUCUGAUUUCAUCGUUCCAAGAUGUUCAAAGUGAUCAUCGAAUGCCGGAGAGGCCACAACUCACUCCAUGUGUAACUAAUCUUAUGGAGGCACAAAUGGAGAGCAAUUCUGAUGCGCGAUUAUUUUAAAACCCCUUGGACCAUCAUUUCUUUAGUUGCCACCAUCAUUCUUCUGGUUCUUACCAUCUUGCAGACUUAAUUAAGCAAUCUUAUUGAUGCAUGCACGACAAUACAUAACUAGGAUUUUCUUUACAAUAUUUUAAUUUUCAUCAUAAUUUACUUUCUUGGUCCUUAAGAUUGGUCGAAAGUUUUGAUUUUUUUUUUUUUUUUUUUGAAGCUGUAAUUUUUGUGUUUUAUGUUUUCUUUGCUAAAGCAAGUACAUGUACUGGCAUUAUCUUAAGUUUGAUUUGUUUUCUUGGAUUUCUAAUAUUUCAGAUUAAGUUACAAAUUGUCUAAACAAUUAAUCAUUAAUCUCUGAGAUGGAAAUUAAUUAAUUAUCAUAUCUAAAGUAAUUAACCGUCAAGUGAGGUGGGCUUAGUUGUUAAACCACUCACAUUUACCUCUCAAAAGUAAUGGAUACGAGACACUGAGGUGAUAAAAUUACCUGGGUAGCAUGCUGAGAGCGCAAUGAGUAUGAGUGGAAAAGUGGCAAUCCUCAUUCUCACACAGUAAUAAACACCCUGAUCAGGGUCUCUAAUUUCUUCGCAGUAAUAUGGAUCAUCUUCAUGAUCUCCUUUGAAGGAAAGGGUAAAAGUGAGAGAGGUUGCACAUGCAAUUCCUCAUGAUAAACCAUCGUCCUCACAGGGACACAACGGGGAAUGAAUAUUGAAAUUGCAAGGAAAACAGCGGAAUAAAUCCUUGUUGCAGGGGUUAUUACAAGCAGCACAUAGAGUAGUACUAUGGUCGGGGAGACCUAUCUCAUUGGAAUGCGCAAGAGGAUGCUCAUGAAGAUCGUGUUUCAAAGUGGGCUUUCGGGAAAGCUUCAUCCGACAUCCAGGUUGAAGAGAUCGCACUCGAAGCAGUGAAGGACGAAGCCUAUCUUGAACACCUUGCGACGGGCACUGCACCAACGUGCCUUCUUCAUAAGGACUACUACUAGAGAUUGAUGGGAAUGAAAAGGGAGGGCGUAUGUAUACCCGGUGUUCUGAAGUUAAGGCAAAGGAUAUACAAGUUUUAGGGAAUUGAAGAGGGUUCUUGAGGCUAAUUGGAGGAUUUAACUACCAUGGCAACUCAAGAACAUACCAAUAACAAUGGAGAUUAUACUUCAGUUUCUCUAGAAGAUAAUGACGAUGAUGAAGCAUUGGCUAAUUCCAUGGAAGCAAGGCUUUACGAUGACUCACCCUUGUCUGCAAAGUGUUGCAUCUUCAGAAUUCCUGACGUAUUUCGCAGACACAACGAGAAAGUAUACGAACCAGAUGUGAUUGCCAUCGGACCCUUCCACCACAGAAAACCAAGCUUGCAGCCGAUGGAAAUUGUGAAAAAAUGGUAUUUACGAACCCUUCUCUCACGUUUGAAUAUAAGCAUGCUUGGCUUGGUUAAAGGCAUUAAAGAAUUUGAGAAACGUGCACGUGACUGUUAUCAAGAACCGAUUGAUCUUGAUCAGAAUGAAUUCAUAGAAAUGCUAAUCAUUGAUGGUUGUUUCUUGGUCGAACUUUUUCGUAAAGAGACGAUUUCUGAAUUAAGAAGCAUGGAUGAUCCUAUAUUCAAUAUGGCUUGCAUGCAUCAAUUUUUAUACCAUGAUUUGUUGCUGCUUGAAAAUCAGCUUCCUUGGUUUGUUCUUCAAUACUUGUUCAACAUGACCAUGGAAAAUGACCGAAAAACCUUGUCCCUUACUGAGCUUGUCCUCAAAUUCUACCAAACCUAUUUCUCACUCAUUAACCAUACCAAAUCCACUCCCCGAUUGGACGAAGAAAACUUGCACAUUGUGGAUCUGAUAAGAAAUGUUCUGAUUUUAUCAUUUCCAGGUGUUGAAAGUGAUGAAAUGCCAGAGAAGCCACAACUUAUUCCUUGUAUAACUGAACUUAUGGAGGCAGGAGUCAAAUUCACCAAGAGAUCCUCAGAUAACCUGCUGGAUAUAGUUUUCAGUAACGGGACUUUUGAAAUUCCACCGCUUUCGAUCCAAGAGACCACAGAGCCUAUCUUCAGAAACCUGAUUGCUUUUGAGCAAUGCUAUCACGGUUGUGAAGAUAAGAUCACUUCUUAUGCAAUUCUGAUGGAUAACCUCAUCAGCACCAGCAAAGACGUGGAAAUUCUUUGUGACAAAGGAAUUAUUGAUAAUUGGUUGAGCGCUGAAGAUGUUUCUCAGUACUUCGACAGACUCUACAAUGACACCUUUGUGACCAAUUUCUACUACAGCGAUCUCUGCAAAGGAGUGAACAAAUAUUAUCGGACAAAAUCCCACAGAUGGAGAGCAGUUUUGAUGCGUGAUUAUUUUACAACCCCCUGGACUAUCAUUUCUGUUGUUGCUGCCUUCAUCCUUCUUGUUCUUUCCUUUUUGCAGACUUUCUACUCGAUUAAGCAAUCUUACUCUUCUGGUGACUAAAAAUUUGGCAAGAAAUUUAAACCGCCUUCAUUCUAUUGUGGAAUGUACUAAGUAGUCUUUCAACACCAUGAAAUGACAUAUAUUAGGUACCUCAGAGAGGGAAGAAAUGAAACUAUCUGGUUUUUCUUUUCCAUAUAGUAUGUUGCAAACUUGCAGCAAGAUAUACAAGGUGUUUUGUGAUUUUGGGAUCUGAUUUUGUCAGCAACUUUGGGCAAAAGAGUUCAUACAUAACUAAUUCCAACAUUAUGUUGGAAUUCUAUGAUGACAGACUUUGGAUAAUUUCAGUGUAAGUUUGAUUUCUUUAAUUCCACAAUUUCCUGUUUAUUGUCAUUGAGAUCAAUUUGAAAGCUCAUCUCAAUGUAGAAAUAAUGUUCUGCUAUCACUUUAUAUUUAUCAUGCAGUACCAAUGUUGUGCUGAAGAUGCUGUAAUAAUAAGAGUAUAUAUAGAGGGUAAAACAGAGGACCUUUUUAUAAACAGAGGAUUUCCAGUAGGCUUUACCAUGACACAGUUUGGUGACCACUACAGAAAUCUCCGCAAGAGGGUAAAUGUAUUCGUAUUUUUUUUUUUUUUUUUUUUGUCCAAGUAUUAUUUUUUUUUCUUUGUUA